GUUUUUGAAUUGUAUUUACUAAGGGUUGAUUUGAAAUCUAAUGGCAGCCUGCUUAGACAUGUACAACCCAUCAGAGCAUAAGUUUGCUCCUCCUCUUCCUCCUCCUCCAAUGAGCCCAAGAAUCUCCUUCUCCAAUGACUUUGCAGAUGCCAUCCACCAUGAAAUCCGGAGGGAGGUGGCGGCUGCUCCACCUGCCGUCUCCUCGGAUUUUGAGUUCUCCGUUUCCAACUAUUCCAUGAUGAGCGCUGACGAGCUCUUCUUCAAGGGCAGGCUGCUGCCCUUCAAGGACGGCUGCAGCAGCCAGACGCGGAGGAGCACCACCACUCUCAGAGAUGAGCUGCUCCACGGGGAGGAUCAUGACGAUGACGUUUCGUCAUCCAGGCCGCCGAAGGGUUCGUCGUCAACAAGGUGGAAGGGGCUCCUGGGAAGGAAGAGUAGGUCCCACAUUGUUUCCAAGAAAGCUGAGAAGAGUGAUGGAGAUGGCAGAAGGUCUGAACUUGCGGUGGUUCAUGAGGAAGCUCAGCAUCAAGUUAAUAAUAAGAUUUCACAGGAGGUGUUGAGUGAAGGAGGGUCAAGUUGGAGAGAUGUGGAGAUUGGAAUAUAGAGGGUGUGGUGAUGAAUUUGUAGAGGUGUGGGGAGUACUUUUUUAAUUUUUUUUUUCACCAUUUGGAGGCUUUAGAGAAAUUAAGGAGGAUGAAUAUUGUUACUCUUGUAUUUUGACCGCUAGUUUUUUGGUUAAAGUUAGAGAGGUGGUGGUUUCUGUUAGUGAUUGGUCGGUUUUAAUUAGUGCUCUCCAAUAUUUCUGGUGUAUUUUAAUUUCAAAGUUUAUAUCUGUUUAGUUUAUCUGGAUUGGGGUUUGGUAUUUUUGGCUGUUCAUUGUACAAAAAUGUUUGCUGUGGAAGAACCUUUAUGCAAUCAAAUGUCACUCCGACACCUUAAUUUGUUUGAGCA